CCAGAACAAGCAGAACCAAGGUUCCUGCCAUGCCUUGACUUUCUAGUGGACAAGACCGAGGAUAUAUAGAGAUAUAUGUACCUUUGCAAAACCUUUUAACUUCAAUAUAGGUAUCAGCUUACUAACUUCGCUGCACUACUCCGUGGAAGAAGAACGCCAAACAAUUACUUCCCCCCAUUCUCUCUCUUCAAACAAAAGAAAAUCGACGUAUAGCUUAUUCUCAAUGACCGAAAAACCAUCAAUACUGGAGGCUGAUAGAGACAUGGACAGACAGACUGGAGCAGCUCCUGCUGACCGGGCCAGUAAUGGGGGUGUUAAUAUGAAAGAAAAACCGGCCCCAACCUCAUCGGACGCACCACCUCCGAUUCAGUCGGCCUCAACACCAGCAUGCCUCCAUUCUCAAACCCCUGCACCAGGAGGGUAUCCGCAAGUGAUACCUUUGAUUGCCCUAUCAACUUACCCUGCUUUAAUCGAUUGCCCAAAUUGCCGUGCACGGACAAUGACUCGGGUGAAUUUGACUCUUGGACCGCGAGCUACUUGUUGGUCGUGCCUAUGCUGUCUUUGCCUGGGCCCAUGUGCUGCCAUUUUACCCUGCAUCUUGCCAAGUUGCAAAGACUACGAACAUUAUUGCGGAAAUUGCAACAGGCUCCUCGCGGUGGUGGAACGAACGGGUGCGGUUCGUAUUAUAGUCUAUUAGGCCAGCGUAUUAAUAUUCCAAUAUACCUUGCGGUCAUACUGGUGGUAGUUAAAACACAACCAUUCAUCUUCAUGUAUAGGCUUGUCUGCUAAGAAAAAGGGUUCGCCCGCGUGAGUCAGUCUCAUAGUUGAUGAUAUUUUUUUUUUUUUU